AAUUACAAAAGGCUCUUGCAUUUGUGAAAACCGCACGAGAGUGUAAUUUACCGAUUUAUCUAUAACUUAUACAUUUGAAAGCCUCACCGGAAAAUUCGUAGUAGUUCCCGAGAGAUUACAGAGUGGGGUGUGUGGGGAUGCAGUGGACGGUUGAGAUUCAGCCAGAAAUGGCGGUGACGAGAGCACUGACACCGAGUCUCCUACCAGCCGUCCGAUUCGAGGCCACAGAGUCCCGCAACGGUGCUCCUCCUCCGCGCAAUCCAAGACCCCCUCUUCCCCUCCUCUCUGUUUCCAAGCCAUCUUGGAUCGUCAAAACUGAGUCAAAUGUUCGGAUAGAACAAAAAAAGAAGCCUGAUCCACCUUGCUUGGUAUGCUCAGGUAGCGGAAGAGUUGAUUGCCACCAUUGCCGUGGAAGAGGCAGGACGAAUUCUGUUCAUCUAAUGAUGCUUCCGAAAGGGGAAUGGCCAAAAUGGUGCAAGACCUGCGGUGGUAGUGGCCUCGGCUAUUGUUCUCGUUGUGUUGGGACCGGAGAGUACAGGUAUAUAAUGGGCUUUCAUUUCAUGAAGAGGGAAUCGAAUGACACACAAAAUCACAAAAAGUAUAAGGUUCGUGAUUACUCUGGACCUCAGACUGCAGCUGAUUUUCUUCUAAAUGGUGAACAACCAAACUCAAAUCAAUGUCCAGGCUAGCAGUGAAUAUAGCGUUAUGUGGCCAUGCAGAAACUCCAAGUAAGCUAAUAGCUCUAAUUGUGGGGAUUUCUUAGAAAAUAUGCCCUUGUUUGUGUCCUUUGCUUUGGAGUUGCUAGAUUAGUCGCAACUGUUUUGUAACUAGUAAACUAUCACCUCAGAAAGAUAACUCCCUGGACCGUUCAAUUUGUAUGUUUAAUUCUUAAUCAUGAAUUGGGUUUUCAUGUCUGGAGCAGCUAAUUUUAGCUGUAGAUAUGCGUCGAAAUGUAUCAAGGGAUUGUUGCUUCAAAGUAGUCGUAACAAUGGAAAAUCUGUUACGAUGUUUAUUUUCUAAUCA